AUGAUUAAGUUUGCAAAGAAAAGUGAUUAUGUGGUCAAAAUUAACUGGAUUAAUGCAGAAGACACAGAAAAGGUGUGUAAUCAAUCAGAAGAUGAAGAAUGGUCUGUUGAUGAUAUUCUUUUUAAAACCUUAUAA